AUGGUGACAUGGAACCUCAGACCAUGUUCUGCCCCGCCAGCGUCCAGUAUGAGCAAUCACAGGGACGUCGUUGAGGUCUUCGAUGGUAUCCGCUUUCCUGGGUUCAUGCACACCACAGAGUCCCUGAAGGCGGCUUGUUCCUUUGAGUUCCAGGACACAGAUGUCCUCCUGGUGACGUUCCCCAAAUCGGGUACCACAUGGAUGCAGCAGGUUCUGAGUCUGAUCUUCUGUGAGGGCAACUUGUGGCCCAUUCGCCACCUCCCUAACUGGAUCCGUGCACCUCGGAUAGAGCAUAUCUCCUUCAGCAGCCUCCUUGCCCAGUGGGACACCACCCGGCCGCCGCUGCUCACCACUCACCUUUGUGCCAAGGCCCUGGCCCCGGCCCUGAUGAAAUCCAAGACUCGGGUGGUGUACAUGGCGCGGAACCCCAAGGAUGUGCUUGUUUCCUUCUACCACUUCCAACGAAUCGCCAACUUCCUGCCCGACCCCAGCUCAUUCCAGGACUUUAUGGAUGAGUUUCUUGAGGGCACAGUCUUCUACGGCUCCUGGUUUGACCACAUGAAGGGGUGGCUGAGCCUCCAGAAAAAUCUAAACAUGCUUCUUAUGACCUAUGAGGAAAUGCACCAGGAACCUCGGGGCACCAUCCAGAAGCUAAGUGACUUCUUGCAGCACCCGCUGGGGCCGGAAGAGAAGGACCUCAUCAUGAGGCACUGCAGUUUCUCCUUCAUGAGCGGCGUAGUCAACUACAGUCUGGUAUCCAAGGAAAUCAUGGACCAGAACCGGGGCAAGUUCCUACGGAAAGGCGUAGUGGGGAACUGGAAGGAACACUUCACUCCAGAGCACAAUGAGAAGUUCAACGCCGUCUACAAGGCCAAGAUAGGCGACUUUGGCCUUCGCCUACCCUGGACCAUGGACUGA